GUUAUUCCUGUAUCCGGAAAACAACUGGAAUCAAGAUUAGUUCGUGAGGAUGAUGAAACAGGCGACGCUGAAGAACUCGAGCAAUAUGUUGAAGAAAAAGUAGCUCUUGGGAAAAAAGCGGAAAAAGAGCAGAAACGCCUUAGAAAGGCAGGGAUCGAGGAAAGGAUCAUGGAGGUCGAUUUUGAGGAAGAAGAUGACGAGUACAUACAAUGGGAGAUGGAAGCGAUCAAAAAAGGCGGACACAUUCUUCAUUCACUUCCUCCACUUCCCCCAAAACCUUUUAAAACAACUUUGUCAGUUGAUCCUGUUCCAA